AUGUAAAAAAAGGUGGUCAUAUAGGAAAUAACAUAAAGGAUAUAAAAUAAUUCUAAUCUGGUGUGUAUAGAAAAGGAUUGUAAAAUGAAUAGAGUUAUUACUAAUUGGAUUGAUUUAUAAGGACAUUAUAAUAGUCAACACAAAGUUUAUACUUUAGAAAAGUUUGAAAAAAAAAUAAAUUUAAAACAAAAUCAAUUCAAUGAGAAAUAGAGAAUGUAGAUGGAGGAAAAUAUUACUAAAUUAAUUAAACUUUAAGAAUAAUAAAUCAGUGAAAGAAUUUGCUGUUUAUUUAAGGAUUUAUAAAAGUAAAAAAAUUGAAUGGAUAUCUUUUUAGAGUUUGUUUUAAAAUUUUACAAGAAUACACUAAUUAGAAUAAAAAAAUAGAAAUAUUUUCUUAUAAUAAUUAAUUUGAACCUGAUUUACAAUAAUAUAUUGAUAUAUAUUAUUCUUAUUAGAGAUCACCGUAAUUAUAUUAAGUUGAUUGGUUUUUGGAUGAAUUUUAGUAUAAAUUAAAUAGAAUAACAAAUGAUUUAAUAAAUGUUAUCAAUUAGGUGGAACAAAGUUAAAAAUUUGAAAGUAUAUAGUUUUUAAAAAAUAUCCCCUAGAAGCAAUAAGAUUUUUAGUAUUAACCACCCAAUUAAUUCAGUUAACCAAUAUAAUUAAAAAAUUAUUUUUAAGAAUAUUAAAAAUAAGAAUCUAAUUUUGAGUCAAAUAAAUUUUAAUAAUAAGAGGAUUAAAAUAAUAUACCUUUAAAAAAUUAUAAGAACAUUUAAAAAUAGCAAUAAUUUUAUCCAAAAGAAGAAUCUUCAUCAUAAUAACAAUAAUAGUAAUAAGUACAAUCUUAAUAGCCAUUUUAAGAGGAAUAAUAACAUGAAUAAAAAUAAUAUAUUGCGUAUAUUCCUAAAACUGAGAUAAAUACUGACGAUGAUAGAAUAUAAUUUUAAUUACCUUCAGAAACUACUUAAAACUAUAAAAAAAAUAAUUUUAGAGAUAGAUUUGAUAAAUACGAAAAUCAGAAUAAAAUACGAGAUAAUAUGAAAGAUUAUGAUUUAUAUGAAAUUAAACCAAAGUCAAGAUAGUAAUAGGAAGAAAUAUAUGAAAUUAAAGAGAAUACAGAAAAAAAAAACCAAUAAAGAGAAGAAGAUGUAAAAAAAAAAUAAAACGACGAAAUAAAAGAAGAUCAAGUUUACUAGAAAAUGAAUAUAGUUGGCAAGAAGUUUGAUAUAACGAAUUCAGAUAAACACUUAAAAUAUUCAUCCAGAUUUACACAAUUCUCUUGUAUUUAAUAAGGAGUUGCCUUAGUUGAAGGAGCAUUUACAUUGAAUGAUAAUGCAAAAGUAAAAUUUGUAUUUACAGAGAGACUUGAUAAAGCUCUGGUAAAAAUUAUAAUUAUUAUAGACAGCUUCAUUUGGAAUUUAAAAUGUAGAUAAUUAAGGGAAAAAAAUAGGUACUUUGAAUUUUUGUAUGGAUUAAUCUGGAUGUAUGAUAUAAUAAUUAUGUUAGAUUUAUAUUAAACUGAAGGAUCAAGGUAAGGAUCAAUAAAGAUAGAUUUAAAUGAAGAGUUUAUAUUAUCAUACACAGCAGAGAAAAGAGUAUUAAUGUUUAGAAAAUAGGAUAUCUAUGUAAAAUUUCAUUUUCAUUUAGGAAUAUAUUCAUCUUGAGGGGAGUAUAUCGGGAUGUUUUAAAUUUUAUGUUAAGUUAUAUGGAUUACAAGUUUAGAUAAUAAAAUGAAUAUCUAUACCAG